AGCACGACGUUCGAAAUUCUUCCCUUUCACUGGAUCUCGUCAUCCUGAGCUGGUCACGCGUCUCGUCGCUGUUCCCAAAGUCACAAUUUCAGACGCUUCCUAAAAUACACUUUGAUCAUUAAAAAUGGGCGACGAGUGGGACGAGGGAGAGACGACCACAACAUCAACCUUCGGAAGUGGAGGGGGCUCCUCAUGGAACAGCGGGCCGAAGAACAGCUUUGGCUCAAAAAAUGACAACGAGGGGAGUUCCUGGAACAGUGGAGGCGGUGGCUUUGGAGGAAGAGGAGGAGGCAGAGGCCGAGGAGGUGGAGGAGGGGGAUUUGGCCGCUCAGGCGGUGACGAGAAUGGAUUCGGGGGCGGCGGCUCCAGCUUUGAGGCGAGGCCAGGAGACUGGACCUGCCCAGACAGCUCCUGUGGCAAAAAUAACUUUGCUCGUCGUACGGAGUGUCACAAGUGUGGCACAGCCAAGCCUGAAGACAGCUUUGGAGGAGGUGGAGACGGUGAAGGAAGAGGGGGCUUUCGCGGUAGAGGAGGCCGAGGUGGAGGUCGAGGAGGAUUUAGAGAUUCCAACAACAAUGAUGGGGAUGAUGAUGGAGGUGAUGGCUUCAAAAGUGACUUUGGCGGUAGGGGCCGAGGACGUGGGGGCCGAGGAGGAGGACGUGGUGGCUUCCGAGAUGGCGGAGACGACGAUGGAUUCUCCAGUGGUGGAGCUUUCAGGGAUAGAGAUGUCAAUUCCUUCCGGAGAGGGUUUGGAGGUGGUGGAGGUGGCAACGUGAAGCCAGGAGACUGGACCUGCCCAGACAGCUCCUGUGGAAACAGUAACUUUGCUCGUCGUACGGAGUGUCACAAGUGUGGCACAGCCAAGCCUGCAGACAUCGGUAAUGGUGAAGGAGGAGGAGGGGAGGAUGGAGCUCCAAAGGUUCCCAUCUACUUUCCUCCCCCACCUCCUGAGGAGGAGGAGGCCAUUUUCAAUAAGUUUGCGACUGGCAUCAACUUUGAUAAGUACGACGACAUUUUGGUGGAUGUAAGUGGAAGCAAUCCACCGCCAGCUAUAAUGACUUUUGAAGAAGCCAAGCUGUGUGAGUCCCUGAUCAGGAACGUCAGCAAGUCGGGCUAUGUGAAGCCCACCCCUGUUCAGAAAUAUGGCAUCCCCAUCGUGCGUGGCGGCAGGGACCUCAUGGCCUGUGCACAGACAGGCUCUGGGAAAACCGCUGCAUUCCUGCUGCCCAUCCUGCAGACCCUGAUGGCUGACGGGGUGGCGGCCAGUGCCUUCAGUGAGCAGCAGGAGCCGGAGGCCAUCAUCGUGGCCCCCACGCGAGAGCUCAUCAACCAGAUAUACCUUGAGGCGCGCAAGUUUGCCCAUGGAACGUGUGUGCGCCCGGUGGUGGUGUACGGCGGUAUCAGUGUUAGCUACACCAUCAGAGAAGUCUGCAGAGGCUGCAAUGUGCUCUGCGGCACCCCAGGAAGACUCAUGGACCUUAUUGGGAAAGAGAAGGUGGGGCUGAGCAAGGUGCGCUACCUUGUUCUGGACGAGGCAGACCGCAUGUUGGACAUGGGCUUCGAGCCGGAGAUGCGCAAGCUGGUGGGCUCCCCAGGGAUGCCCCCCAAGGAGCAGAGGCAAACCCUCAUGUUCAGCGCCACCUACCCGGAGGAGAUCCAAAGGAUGGCUGCUGACUUCCUGAAGACGGACUACCUGUUCCUGGCGGUGGGUGUUGUGGGCGGGGCCUGCAGUGAUGUGGAGCAGCAGGUGCUGGAGGUGAACCAGUUCUCCAAGAGGGACCAGCUGUUGGAGCUCCUCAAGGCAACAGGAACUGAACGUACCAUGGUGUUUGUGGAAACGAAGCGCAAGGCCGACUUCAUAGCUACAUAUCUCUGUCAGGAGAAGUUGCCCACAACUAGCAUUCAUGGUGAUCGGGAGCAGCGGGAGCGCGAGCAGGCGUUGGCUGACUUCCGGACGGGCAAGUGUCCCAUCCUGGUGGCUACGUCGGUUGCCGCCAGAGGCCUGGACAUCGAGCAUGUGCAGCACGUGGUUAACUUUGACCUCCCCAACAACAUUGACGAGUAUGUGCACCGCAUCGGCAGGACCGGGCGCUGCGGCAACACGGGACGUGCCGUCUCGUUCUUUGACCCAGAGGCUGACACUCAGCUGGCACGCUCCCUUGUCAAGGUCCUUUCAGGGGCCAAGCAGACUGUCCCGGACUGGCUAGAGAAGGUUGCCUUCGGUGCCCACGGGACUACUGGCCACAACCCUCGAGGAGGAGUGUUCGCCUCAACCGACACAAGGAAGGGUGGUGGAUUCCAGUCAGAUAGCCAGGGCUCGGCUCCCGCCUCAGCCGGAGGGGGAGGAGGAGACGACGACGAAUGGGAGUGACAAGUUUGCAUGUAGUCUUGUUUGGGGGGGGGAGACGCAAUUUGUUUUUAUGUUCAAUAUUUUAUGUUUGUUUUUAUGUUUUUGAAAUGUCGCGUCAUGGCAAUUUUUUAUGUUUCUUUUUUUCGUGUUUUGUUUUGUUACUGAAAAUGGCAGCCUUUUAAAGGCUUGAAGCAGUUGUGAAGUUAAUAAUACUCAUGCGAAUGCAGGGGGUUAUUAAUCAUGGUUUCAGUGCAGAUCAAGUAAUGGCACCUUUCCCCCUCCACAGCACUGCAAGAGUUGGUGUGAAAAGCCAUUUUUAUCACUAAUAAUCAGUGAUGGGCAAUCUGAAUUCAGAAGCUGCAAACAAAUGACCUGAAUGGCAAGAGAAAAGAAUGGCGAGCACUCUAUUGGCUUCUCUCCAGGUUAAGGGGUGCGCCUGGUUAUUCCUUUUAAGCCUUCACAGACUUAAGAAUUAUAUCCAAAGCAUUCUCUGAGUUGAGGUAGUUGGGAGUAUUUUAAAACAAGGUUUUACUGCUCCAAAUGCUGAAUUGAAAAGGUGAAACUAGAUGGGCAGUAAUGGCCUGUAGCACUUGGCUUCUGAAUCCUGGUUGACCAUCAAUACUACUAACGAGAAGUACACGUGGCUUAUGAAGCCAUAACCUACAGGUCAUUGUAACACAAAUAUAGCACUAAGUGAUUUCUACCCCUUGCAUUGAAAAUAAAACAAACGCAUGACGGCAUUUUGAAAGGUUCUGUUGGCGUAGCCUUGUUGGCCAGAUGAAGCCUUGUUGCAUGGCCCUGGUGGGCUGCUGUGAGGAAUAAAAAAAGUGUCAACUUGA